CCAUGAGGACAGCUGACAAGGACCUGAAUGGCCUCAUUUUAGCCACUUCUUUGUGUGGAGCUAUUACUUGCUCCUUCAGUUCUGGUCCCUGGUGCGAAAGUGGCUCCUGAGCACCAUGAAGGUUGUCCCAGAAAAGAAUGCUGUACGGAUCCUCUGGGGCCGAGAGCGGGGCACUCGUGCCAUGGGUGCUCAGCGGCUUCUGCAGGAGCUGGUGGAAGAUAAGACUCGAUGGAUGAAGUGGGAGGGCAAGAGAGUAGAACUUCCCGAUAGUCCACGCUCGACCUUCUUACUGGCCUUCAGCCCAGACAGGACUCUCUUGGCAUCUACACAUGUGAACCAUAACAUCUAUAUCACAGAGGUUAAGACUGGCAAGUGUGUUCACUCUCUGAUUGGACACCGCCGUACUCCAUGGUGUGUCACUUUUCAUCCCACCAUCUCAGGCCUCAUUGCUUCUGGCUGUCUGGACGGGGAAGUUAGGAUUUGGGAUUUACAU